AGCAGAGCGAGAGCGGCGGUAAUGGCUGCCAGGGAGAGGGAGGAAGAGGAAGACACCACAUGAACCCCCGAGCAGCGACCGACAGGUGAGACUGGAACGACACCUGGCAGCGACUCAUCCGGAACAUUGUCUCCGCGGCCGCGGGUCCACUUGACUCGCAGUGAGGACUAGGAUGGUAAGCAGCCAGCCGAAAUACGAGCUGAUCCAGGAGGUGGGGCGUGGCAGUUACGGCGUAGUCUAUGAGGCGGCAGUGAAGCGCACAGGGGCCCGUGUGGCGGUGAAGAAGAUCCGCUGCCACUCUCCGGAGAAUGUGGAGCUGGCCCUGCGCGAGUUCUGGGCCCUCAGCAGCAUCCAAAGCCAGCACCCGAACGUCAUCCACCUGGAGGAGUGUAUUCUGCAGCGGGACCAGCUGGCCCAGAGGAUGAGCCAUGGGUCCAGCUCCCCGCUCUACCUGGAGCUGGUGGAGACGUCUCUUAAAGGGGAGAUCACCUUUGACCCGUGCUGUGCCUACUACUUGUGGUUUGUCAUGGACUUCUGUGACGGGGGUGACAUGAACGCCUACAUUCUGUCCCGCAAGCCCAGUCGCAAGACCAACACCAGCUUCAUGCUGCAGCUGGGCAGCGCCCUGGCCUUCCUGCACCGCAACCAGAUCAUACACCGUGACCUCAAACCAGACAACAUCCUCAUCUCGCAGGCCUGCACGCCCGCCGGGUCGUCGGAGCCCACCCUCAAAGUGGCCGACUUCGGCCUGAGCAAGGUCUGCUCCACCUCGGGCCUCAACCCAGAGGAGCCGGCCAGCGUCAACAAGUGCUUCCUGUCCACAGCUUGUGGAACAGACUUCUACAUGGCCCCGGAGGUUUGGGAGGGCCACUACACGGCCAAGGCAGAUAUCUUUGCCCUGGGGGUGAUCAUCUGGGCCAUGGUGGAGCGCAUCACCUUUGUGGACGUGGAGACUCAGAAGGAGCUGCUCGGGAGCUAUGUGCAGCAGGGCUCAGAGAUUGUACCCUUAGGGGAGGCGCUGCUGGAGAACCCAAAGAUGGAGCUGCUGAUCCCCGCCCGGAAAAAGAGCAUGAACAGCCACAUGAAGCAGCUGAUCAGGGAGAUGCUGUCGGCCAAUCCUCAGGAACGGCCCGACGCCUUUGAGCUGGAGCUCAGACUGGUCCGUAUUGCCUGCAGAGAGCUGGACUGGGACACGUGAUGGACGCGCAACGGCACCACAGACUCAGUCGAUCAAGCACAUGUACACAUCUCAUCAACUACUGUUAACCUAGAUGGUCACAUAACGGGGGGAUUAUUGUGUUUUUGACUUGGGAACAAUAACUAGAAUAGUCAUUGUUUGUAUCAUGGUUUAAACCUGAUCCACUUUCCAAGUGCAUACAGUCCUCUGCUGGCUUUGUCUUUAUAAUGAAGAGGAGAGGUUUGACACCCGCUGCUGCUGCUGCUGCUCCUCAAAACUGCAGCUUAGUCUCAGGCUAAUCACAUCACAGCUUCCACUUCGUCCAUACAGAAUCAUUCGAGCAUGAUGAAGAAUGACCCGAAAAGUCCCGGAUUUGCUUUGAAGUGAAAGUCAAAACAGUUUUGUCUACAAAUACCAUCUUGGACUCGGUGCUAAUUGUUAAAAAAUGCAAUAUGAGACAUAAUCCUGUGAUUUUUUUUUUUACAGUCCAAAGGGCCAGUAUGAAAACCUAGUCACCCGAAUGUGAAGGAACCUGACAUCUGAACUGCAGAACUGAUUUCUGCCUGUCAUCACCACCAGCAUCAAUAUGUACAUUCAGAUUUGAUUCUGUUUUUGCAUCAAAUGCAGACAUGCACUGAAUGCUCAGGUAAUACAAACAUAUAGCAUGAUGGUAUUUGGAGACAAAACAUCUACAGACAAGUUCAGUUUCGCUCGGCAGUCUUGGAGGGUAAGAGAACCAAACUUUGGUGCUGGAAGAUAACUUGUUUUUGUCCGUUGGCCGUGUGGGCAGAGGAUGCUUUAUCAGUCGGUGUCCACCCCGCAGGUUGUUGCAGUUGGCGUUGUUCUUCUUUCUCCCUGUUGCAACCGUCAAGAUAAGUGAAUCGGUCCCAGACACAUCCAUAACCAGUUCACUAGAAUGUAUCAUGAUGGAGACACGUCAGCUUUAUUUAUAUGGAGCCUUAUACACAAAACACUGGAUGUUAAUGACAAAGCGCUUCACGCAGUCGGUGAGGACGAGAGUCCAGAGGGAGAAUCUGGUUGGUCACAACUGGGGCGAGCUCAUUUUCAGACGGUGUGCUUAUUUUCAUGGUUUUGGCCAUUAUUCCUAUUGAUGAUGAUGAUACAGAUACAUUCACUAAGUUAAUUGACCCACACUGUGUCCAGGUCACGUAGGAUAUUUUUGCUAUACCGUUUAUGGUAAUUUUGUGGGGAACCACUCACUGAAAUGACAACGAAGAAAUUUAAUUAGCUGUAGCAAGCUAAUGUAAACUUAUUAACAUUGAGUUUGAGUUUGUAGAACUAACUCGAUGUAAUUUAAUGAUGUAUUAAAAAAAGUUAUGUAGGUCUCAGGUAAGACGUCACAGCCUCAUCAGUUCAUGGUUCCAGUUUUAAGACACACAGACCCAUGUGGACUUUAAACUGGGAAACAGUGAAAAGGCUUCUGCUGACUGUUUCCUGUAAGGCUACGGACCCAGCGAUCAUUGAUUUUAUCAAGUGUAAUCGAUAGAGGUGCAUAUAAUGAAAGUAAUUGUCCGCUGCAGUGAAACACAAUGCUUCUCCGAUUUUUAUAAUAGAAACACAUGAAAUGUAUCUUAGAAAUACAACACAAAAGGCAGAAUUAAGCUUUUAACGUUUUCCCAUAUUUGGACACACAAUUGUUUAUCUGCUUUGUCAUGUUUAAGGUAAACUUCCCUAAGUCUAAUAAAUGAUAAGACAUUAUAUUACCAUAACUAACUACGAUAUACAGUAGCAUGUGGGACAGCUGUUACACAGCCUCCCCACCACAAACUUCCACCACAGUUAACAGAAUAAGCUCCUCGUCAUCCUCGGGCGACCAUAACUAGUCACUGUGCAGGUGCACACUAUGUUCCUUAUGUGUAUUGGAUUUAGUGUUUCGUGUCUCCUCCCUGUGGUUGACGAUCAUCUGUCGGCGAGUUUACAACCUGUGUUUUUAAAUUUUCUUUUUGCCCCAUUGGACUUAAUUGUAGCAAUGUGGCCAUGUUCCGACAGAAUACAAUGUCAUCAUAGCCAAUAGAAAUAAUGACCACAACUAUGAGGGGAAAAAAACAAGUCUUACUAAACCAGGAUCAUCCAAUGAUUGAUAAGAAAAUCCAAAACUGAGCACACCACAAAAAAAGUAGAAGUGUGUUCGACAUUCAAGAAGACUUGUGUGGAAUGACUCGCCCACACGUGACAGACAGACCUACGCUGGACAGAACUCCCCGUGUUGCCUAAACAUUCAUUUAAUUAUGUAAAGUGAGCUGCUGAAUGAGAUGAAUAUUCAUUUCUGCGUCCAUUUAGACCCGAGCGAGCCAACGGGGCUCAGGGAUUCAGUGACAGCACUUUUGCAGCAGAUUUUUUGGGGCUUUUAUGUUCAGUCCUACAGUAACUCCAGUCGGCAUCACGUGGAGGAGCUCUGCGAGGCUGGAUCGGGUGUGAUAACUGCGUCGCUCGUUUGUUUAUCAGCCGAACACAAUGUCUGCCACGGUCUACUUAUGCAUGCAGUGCCUCUCACCUUCAGGCAAGAAGCGAGAGAGGAAGACACCAUGAGCCAGAUGAUCUCUGCUCUUUUUCUUCCUUUUUUUCAUUUUCUCCUUUGACACACAAUACUGUUGUGUUUAACUUGAUCUCCUUUCACUGUGUCACUGCUCUUCGUUUCCUCGGGCUCCGGAUCUUACAGUAAUCCCUUUCUUCAUGCUUCCGACAGGCAAAUUCUAAGCCUAUUAAGAUGUUGCAGCACUUGGCAGGGGAUCAGGCUCGGGACCCCCUUUGCCAUUCAGGUCAUACAUAAUUUGUGCACUUUUGCACAUUUUUUUUUUAAACGAAAAUCCCCCCCAAAAAACUAAACAAUCUUGGAUCCUUCGUUGCUCCUUCGUUGCUCUUGAUCUCUGGCGGCAGAUCAAGUAUCCUUCAACUUGUUGCCAACAUUCAUCUGCUAUACGGCCUUAAAUUCCCCCUGUAGCUGUAAUCGUUUAAUCUCCUGUUAGAUGCGAUUCAAAUUUGCCUUAUUUCAGAAAGUCAACGCGUUUUUUUGUUUGACACGAGACCGAGAAGAAUGAUGGGUAGAGGCAUUUCUGGCCAGUAUUCUUCCUUUCACCCUUUUAGAGACGGGGCGAGGGGGGGCGGCACUUACUUUCUUAUUAGGGUUUGCCAAACAAAUUCUCGGUCUGUGCUUAUCCAGAGAUUUCAUCCUAUGAUUUGUUGUAUUCACUUUCUUUGCACAUGUGUAAAUACUGUAUAGGAUCAACGGGGGACGAACGAGGUUGAUGUACAUUUGACUGGAUGUGCUCUGUUUUCAAGAGCCUGACUUGUUUGUAAAUUGCUGUGAUGGAUUCAGUUUUUCUUCAGCUCUUAAUCGCGCCUCAGUUUACUUCAAUCAUUGAAAAGAUGUGAUAUAUUUACAGGUUAAUACUGUCGGUGUGCUAGUGAUAUUGGUAUGUUUUACAUUGGCCUAUUGUUUUGUGAUUUUUGUGAAAGCAAAGCUGGUCUACGAUUCGUCUGGUACCGGACCAUCUGGUAAUGGAACAAUCUCCUUUUGGAAUUGUGGGACACAAGCAAGUUCACCACUUUAGCGCAUAUCUGAUCCAGGACCGUCAUACACCGUGUCCUGGCACUCGGGGCAGUUCAGUCACUGUGUGGCUCAUAAAGUUUGGUACAUUAAAAAUGUUGAAGGUAAUCA